GGGUUGGCGAGUAGUAUGUUCUCCCCGGCUAUGGUUGACAUGAAGUUCCUGUUCCACUCAUCCAUGGCUGCUAUGGUCUACACAAACACCUUCUUCAGCGGUGGAUAUCUACUCGGAUCACUUUGUAUGUGA